GGGGAAGGAUGCUUCCCUAACCGCCAGCGUCUUUACCUGAGCGUUUGGUGCCAGAAAUGACCUGGUUUUAUGCUGUUUGGGAAAUAAGAACCGUGUGAGUUCCAUGUUGUGUUAACAGGCCUACUUUAGCGUGUAGCCUAACAUCAUCGUUCCUCCAGGAAGACAUUUUGGCCGCUCUAACGUUUAGAAUGGAGGGCCAGUAUAGUCGAAUUCUGUCGUUAGUGAAGUUCCUUUCCUUGAGGAAAGUGGUAUUUGGAGCUCUCUUUCUCUUCAUAGUAGUCCUUGCAGUGCUCUACACGAUGUCCAGGAACACUACCCUAAAGUCAUCAGAAAAAUGGCGUUCACACAAAAGCGCAGCAUCUCGCUUGCAUUCAUCCAGGAAGCGUAUCAUGCUCCUCAAUGGAACGGCUCUCGGGGAAGACUGGCUACUGGCAGCUGUGGAUAAACUUCCUUUCAAAGCAAUGACGCCAUCGUCACUGCUCUUAGAAGAUUUGUACUUCACUCCAAACUAUAAUAUUCAAGAGGAUUAUUCUGAUGGAGCGCUGCUGGAGCCAAAAGAAAGCUGUCCACCUUCUCCAGAAUUGAUUAUUCUCGUGCCAUCAGAACCCAAGUCAUUCAGUUUACGAAGGACAAUUAGAGAAACCUGGGGUUCAGUGGGUAGGGGAAAGAAAACGUGGCCAUGGCGAGUAUUCAAUAUGCACAUUUGUCUUAUAUUUGUAGUUGGGGUAGAAGGAAAAGGUUUAAAAACUGAUGAGAUCAAUUUUAUUCAAGAGCGCGAAGACCGCACAAUUAUUCAAAAGGAAAAGUCGAAAAAAAUAACAGAACUUCCAGUGGAAUGGGUGAAUUCAAAGGUAGCACCAGAUAAAUUUAUUUACUACGAUGAGAAACAAAAAAGGGAUGUUCUGCACAUUCACACAACUAGACGAUUCACACCCUCACUGUUUCAAAGCAAGAAGAAGUUCAUCAUACACCCUUCUACAAGAGAAAACUAUCAGGCUUCCAAAAAUAAUUUUAAAGUAAAGAACAACAACAGAAAAAUAAAUCAGUUUAUGGGGAAAAGAAUUCGAAGAAGUCGUGGUGCUUCAAAUGUACGGAUAGCAAGAGUCAACAACAGAAAGAUGCAACAGAACAAUAUCAAAUCAAUACUACAAGAAUCAGAGAGAUUUAAUGAUAUUCUUCAAUUCGACACGGUAGAUUCAUAUAGAAACCUGACCAGGAAGCUGAUGUUAGGUUUGCAGUGGGCUACAAAACACAUACAGGGUAUAAAGUAUAUCAUGAAAGCGGAUCAAGAUGUGUUCGUGAACAUUCCCUUGGUGGCCACGUUUUUAAGAAAAUAUGGCGAAGAAAACUCGAUAUAUGGAAAUAUUUAUGCAAAUUCUUGGGUGGAGCGCACAGGACGAUGGGCAGUACCAGAAUCUGCUGUACCUAUACCCAAAUAUCCAAUAUACGCAGCAGGGAAUGCGUACAUCAUUUCCGUAGAUGCCAUAGAGCUGGUCUUAAACAUGAGUGCUCAUUUCCCCUAUGUGACUGUUGAAGAUGCUUUCAUCACCGGGAUAUUACCUUCCGUGUGUGGUGUGAACAGAAUAAACGUGGCAGGCUUCACAAGAUGGACAGAGUCGCAGCCAGAUCCAUGUGACUUUGUCAAUGACAGACGGUAUGUUGGAAACAACUACACAGAACAUAGCUUCAGAAUUACCUGGCGUGAUUUGAUUGACAGGGGUAGUGGAAGGUGUGAGGAAUAACUCUCUCCCCUGACCAGAGAAGAACAGAGAAGAGGACAACAUUUUCCAGUGAACUAGCAUGACUGUGAUAUAACAUAUAUAAUAUAUAGCGUCCAAUUACAUCCUUCAUUUUUAACUUCC